CGAGCAUUGCGAUAUUUCACCGACGCCCCCACAUCGCGAUGCUGCAGACGAGUGGCGCUAAGAUUGCGAGAAGCUUUAGCACGAUUGCAUAUGAGUCUUUCUUCACGGCACGGUCCCUUCGUCGACAGCCAUCUGCCAUCCGCUCGUUGCAGCCACUUGUGUCGCUUCCGGGCAUGAUCUCUCUUGGCGGGGGCAUGCCGAAUCCAUCUACGUUUCCUUUUGAAGCCAUAUCGAUCAAGCUCAAGUCUGGGCAUUCGAUGGACAUUCGAGGCCAGCCGCUCCAACAAGCCCUUCAAUACUCUGCCACCCCAGGACUUCCUGAGCUGGUCCAGAUCAUUUCCACGCGCAUGGAAGACGAGCACGAACCCCCGGCGUUAUCUGAAUCGCGAAUGCUGUCCAUCACGACAGGAAGCCAAGAUGCGCUGUACAAGGCGUUUGAAAUGCUCGUUGACGAAGAUGACUCACUGUUGGUCGAAUCACCGACGUAUUCGGGCACAUUGGCGCAUUUACAUGCGGUGAACUGCAAGCUUGUGUCGGUGCGCACUGAUGGACAAGGUUUGGUACCAGAGCAUCUGGCGUCCAUUUUAGACAACUGGGACAACAAAACGAAGAAGCCAAAAGUGCUGUACACGAUCCCCACCGGCGGCAACCCCACGGGUGUGAGCAUGUCGUUCGAACGCAAGCAACAAGUGUACGCAAUUGCCUCGAAGCAUAAUUUGAUUGUGCUGGAAGACGAUCCGUACUACUACCUGACGCUGAAUGGUGCUCGCUCCAAGGUUUGUACUUCUGUACGAAGUUUUGCACUGACAACGAAAUGGCGUAGUCGCUCCUUCAUUUGGACGUCGACGGACGGGUGCUGCGCUUUGACUCGUACUCCAAGAUUCUGUCCUCUGGCUUGCGUGUCGGGACUGUGUACGGCCCCAAAAUGCUCAUUGAACGCCUGAACUUGCACACGCAAUCCGCCAAUCUUCAUAGCAGCGGGUUAUCCCAGGUAUACCACAUAUGCUUGUAGAACUGAUCGCGACGAACCAGUGUAUUACUUACAUUCAAACAGGCCGUGGUGCUGGAGCUGUUCAAGCAGUGGGGUGAAAAGGGAUGGAACGAUCAUGUCGAAUCGGUGUGUGCAUUUUACCGUGGCCAGCGCGAUGCGUUCCUUCGUGCGUUGGAGAAAAACUUGACUGGAUUAGCAACGUGGGAGGCCCCCGAUGCGGGAAUGUUCGUAUGGAUCAAGCUCGUUGGCGUCGACGAUUCCAAGGCGCUGAUUGAGCAAAAAGCUGUGGCCAGCAAGGUGCUGUUGGUGCCUGGGCAAGUAUUUCUCCCUGACAACGUCAAGACAUCGUACGUUCGCGCAGCCUACUCCACGGCUACCCCGGAGCAAAUGGACAUGGCGAUCAGCCGCUUGGCCGCUCUUUUGAAGGAGAAGUAGUUAGAGCGUGCCCCAUAGACGAUAAACGCAAGCAAAUGUGGAAGCGAGCUUCAACCUUGCAAAAAAUGUCCACAUUAAAAAUGAACCAAUCAAAUGUCGCAAGUGAUUCACAGGGCUAGGGUUUU